AUAUUUCUUUAAACAAAUAUCAAAACCGGUUGGACCGACAAAGUUAUGAACCCUGAAAUCCACCGUAUUUUGAAGAUCCAUAACAGCCCAAAGAUCCUAACGAGGUUCGAAGAAUACAGAGAGCUCGUCAAAGCGAAAGCCGCGAGAAACGGUGCGAUGGGGAGAAGAGACGAGAGGUGCAUAGCUGAUGGGAACGAGCUGUUGAGAUUUAACUGCUCGACCUUCACGUGUGAUUUGGGACUUAACGGGAGCACAAGCAUUUGUAAUCAACAAUACUGCAGCGUUUGCGGGAUAAUUAAGUCUGGUUUUUCGCCCAAAAUGGAUGGAAUCUCCACGCUAUCCACGAGCUGGAGAGCGCAAAUGGCAAUCCCCGAGGAUGUCGAGGAAGAGUUCAAGUUCAUGAACGUGAAACGAUCCAUGCUUGUCUGUCGGGUCGUGGCGGGUCGGGUUGGAUCAGAAGGUAAAGAAAUAAACAAGGAAGAUGGUGGAUUUGAUUCGGUGAUCGGAAGCGGAGGAGGGUCGGGGAGUGGCGCAUAUACCAAGCUGGAUGAGGACGAGCUGUUGGUCUUCAAUCCAAGGGCAGUGCUUCCUUGCUUUAUCAUUGUGUACACCGUUUAAGUGUGAGAUCGUAUGUAGGUGACCUCUUUCUGCAACUUUUUUUUAUCUUCAUUUUUUAUAUAGUUUUUAAUUGUAUUUAAUUACUCGGGGACAGGGAUAGCGAAAGUUUUGUGAGAUAUGGUAAUGUUUGUUGGCAAUGAUGAUGGUCAAUUUAUGGUGUUUUUUACAGGUUUUUUAACCUUUGUGUCUGUGAGGCUGUGACCCAAAAAUAAAAGGGGUUUACAGUCAAAAUUAACCAUAUGAUCAUGGAGA